CCGACGGCCCUCUUUGACAAAACACCAAGCGGCCCAAGCCAGCAUCUACCGUGAAGAAGAGCCACCAUGGGUAGAGUCAUUCGCAACCAGCGCAAGGGUCGUGGAUCCAUUUUCACGGCCAACACGCGCCUGAACAAGGCUCCCGCCAAGUUCCGCAACCUCGACUACGCCGAGCGCCAUGGCUACCUCCGAGGUGUCGUCCGCGAGAUCGUUCACGAUGCUGGUCGAGGUGCUCCCCUCGCCAAGGUCGUGUUCCGCCACCCCUACCGAUUCAAGCAGGUCACCGAGACCUUCAUCGCCAACGAGGGCAUGUACACCGGCCAGUUCAUCUACGCCGGAAAGAAGGCUGCCCUGACCGUCGGCAACGUCCUUCCCCUCGGUGAGAUGCCUGAGGGUACCGUCGUCUCGAACGUCGAGGAGAAGGUUGGCGACCGUGGUACUCUCGGCCGCACCUCCGGCAACUACAUCACCAUUGUCGGCCACAACCCCGAUGAGGGCAAGACCCGCAUCAAGCUCCCCUCUGGUGCCAAGAAGGUUGUCCUCUCCAAGUCCCGAGGAAUGAUCGGUAUUGUUGCUGGUGGUGGCCGAACCGACAAGCCCCUCCUGAAGGCUUCUCGUGCCAAGCACAAGUUCGCUGUCAAGCGCAACAGCUGGCCCAAGACUCGUGGUGUUGCCAUGAACCCCGUCGACCAUCCCCACGGUGGUGGUAACCACCAACAUAUUGGUAAGGCUUCUACCAUCUCCCGAUACGCCGCCCAGGGUCAGAAGGCCGGUCUUAUCGCUGCCCGGAGGACGGGUCUUCUCCGUGGUACCCAGAAGACGAAGGAGUAAGAUGGCGGCUGGUUCAUGGUCUCAUUGGGAUGGUGUUAUACUGGCUUGCUUGCAUCUAUUGAUGGUACUGCUGAGAGCAGAUGGCUGGUAGCUCAAAGGGCAAGUACUAUGGCAUUUGGCGCAAAAAAUCUGAAGGCCGUUUCUGUGUGAACGAUGUGCGCUGCGCGAAAGAAGUGAGAUACCAGGAAUACCAGAGAUGCUCAGGGCUUGCGGUCGUGAGGUGAGGAGCCUGCUUGAUCGGUAAUGAUGUCCGAUUGUCAAUCUACAGUUAAAGCCAAACACGUGUCUGCCUGCC